UUCCUGUUGUUCCUGUUACCGGAGGUCCAACUCUAUCAUGAAGGCACGAAAAUCCUCGGUCAAAUAUGUUGAUGUUUGUAGGGGGUUUUUCUUUUCGUCUUUCCGGAAUACCACGCAAAAUUCUGAAUUUGUUCAAAUGGCCUUUGCUCUUCUGGGGUCAGCGCGUGGAUAGUAGCUUAGCUGUAAAUCUCAGAAGUAGUUGGCAAACUUUAG